UUAAGAUGUAUAGUGGAGUAGGACUCCAAGAUCAGUCUGGGGGACUCCCAGACUCAGAUAUCCUACUCCCUGGUAGACUCGGAGAAGUAGAACUAUCUGGAGUCCUAAACCUGCUGGAGAAGGAUCAAGAAUUGCAAGAUCUACUUUGUGAUGUUCAGGAAAGAGCCGAGAACCAUAGAGAGAACUAUUCAAAACUUAAACUGGAACACAGCAAGCUUAUACACCAGGUUAAAGUUUUGGAAUCAGAGUUAGGAUCAGUUCAGGAGGAGAAUAUAGAACUCAGAGAUCAGAUCAGGGUGGUAUCGGAGAAAGCAGCUCAAGAAACUACGGAACUCAGAACUCAAAUCAUUCUUUUCAAAGAGCAGGGUCCUUCUGGUGUAGGGAUAAAGACAGCAUGGACGGAGCGAAUUAAAGAAGAAGUGGAAACAUCCUGGAGGGAGAGAUGGAAAUCAGUUACAGAAGAUCUGGAGAACCAAGAAUCUAGAAUAAAUGAACUAAUUCAAGAAAACUCUCAUCUGAAGCAUUCAUAUCAGGUUGGUUUAGCAGAAGUUGACAGUUCUAUGAAAGAACUUGUAUUUUCUUUAGAAACCAAACUAGCAUCACUAGAGAAAGAGAAAAAACAAUUAAUCCGAGUGCCACUAAAACUGGAGGAAGAGAAAGAGGAACUUGAGAAACGUAUUCAUGAUUUAAACAAACAAAACAGAACUAUGCUUGGAAGUAUUGAGCACCUUGAGUCAGAAUUACAAAAAUCGAUCAGCCAACUCAGUUUGAAUGAGUCCGCAGCCCUCAAAUCUGAAGGAGUCCUGAAAUCUAAGCUGGUCAAACUGCAAUCAGAAAAGGACAGCUUAGAGGGUCAACUUAGGAGCAGCACAGAUGAAGUAGAGAGGAAGGAGCGUCGAAUAGAGCAACUCGAACAGCUGUCUGCUGAUCUACGCAGCAAAAUGGAAGCUGCUCAUCGUGCUGCUGACCAGAUAAAGCAGUCAUCACAUCUUCAGCUGUCAGAAAUGGAGAUGGAGACAGCUAAACAGUUGGCAUCUGUCAGGAGAGAGAAGGAAAAUGCUAACAAAGAAAAAGUUGAAUUGGAGUUUAAAUACACUGAGUUGAAAUCCCGGUACGAUGAUAUCCACAGAGAGCACAAGGUUGAGUUGACCGGGUUGGAGCAGGGAUACAUUAGCUCCAGGAGGGAGAUGGGACACACAGAACAAGAGUAUCAAGUCAGGCUUGGAGAACUUACUGCUAAGCUUCAAUCAUUAGAAUUUACCAUGAAGCAGCUGGAAAAUGAAAAUACACACUUGAAACGAGAAAAAGAAGACUUUCUACUAAACAUAGAAGACGACAUGCAAAGACUAUCACGAGAAAACGCGGCACUGCGCAAGGGAAAUCUCCAUUUUAAAAUGGACGUGGAAAACAUAUUAAAAGACAGAGAAGAAAUAAUAGAAACAGCGGAGAAAAGAGAAAAUGAACUCAAUACUGUGAUAAAGAAAUUUGAAAAGCAGAACAGAGAAAUUUUGAAUCAAAUUGAGGGGAAAGAAAAAAAUCUCUCUGAAAAGAUAGCUAAAUACAAGAAGCUGAUCCAUAAGCUGAGGAAUAAAUUAAAACUUGCGACCGCAGAGAAGGAGGAGUCAACAUUAAGAAAGGAGUGUAUGAGAGGAUAUGUCAGUCCGGAGAAAUAUCAUCAGGUUAAAUCUGAACUAAAGGAGAUUAAACAGAAACAGAAACAGUUUAGUAAUCUUAUUCAGAACCUUCAGGAUGUAGAAACACAGAAGAGAGAAGGAGAAAUGGAAAUAGAAAAUUUAAACGCUUCCUUGGACAGUUUAGAUCAGCUGAGAAUACAAUCUUUACAGUUUAACCAGUAUAUUGAGUUUCAACUGAUUAAGUGA